AUGUCUCUUACCUUCAAGUUAGACGAAGCUCCUCCCCAACCAUCCUUGUCUGUAGAGGGUUUGAAUACAGAACUGGUUAAAAUGCGCAAAGCGGUAAACGCCGCAAAAGUUCUAGUCUUUCGUGAUCUGCUGAAAUAUAUUAACCGAAUUCGACAAAAACUAUCAAAUAAGUCACAACCUCGGCUGGAGCAAAAACUCGCUAAUCGUGAAUCAGAAAUGGUGUUAUUGCGCAAACUAUCCAUAAUCCGUUUGUGCAAAUUACUUCUGGUGAACGAAAACGGAAAAUCCGAGCUGGCCGUCUUGGGACACAAACUGAGCGCACAAGAGCGACUGAUUAUUCGGCUAUCAUUAACCAAACCAGUUCACAACUAUGUGGAACAAUUUCGUCAGAAUCACCCGGAUUGGCGCAGUUUAAAAGAUUAUCUACUCUACAAGAACAUCUCAGGCAAAUGGAAAUCUCGGGAACAGAAGAAGCGCAGUCAAAAAGUGCGCGGCAGCUUGCCUUUGCCAUCUGGUCCGACUAAUCUAUCUGAAAACGACGCGCCGACAGCUGAUCAAAAUUCCCCUUCAGAACAUGAAGUCUACCGCGUUCCAAUGGCACAGGCUACUGACCCGGAUUUAAUGGACGAUACAUUAGCUUCCACCUAUCAUUCUACUCAGCUACCGAUACUGAAUGAUGAUGUUAAUCUGGAUAGCGAUGCCGCCUCAGAUAUUGCAGAUGAUCUGGUUGAACGCAUUUUGCAGAAACGAAAGAAAUCGAUUCCGACCGAUUCCACCGAGAGAAAUCAAUCAGAAGCGGAUGUGCAGGACAACAAAACACCGACCACCGCAGCGGUUAAACAACCGAAAUCUAUCAUCAAACCAGGAAAAAAAGAGCACAAAAAGACAAAGAAAAAGGCAGAACCCACAAAACGAGCUAAGCGGGAACUGGCGAUUCCGCCGGAACAGAUCAGUCCACAAUCGGUGGACUUGGACGAGGACGACGAGAACCCACUCGGAUCGGAUGAUGUUGGGAUCAAACGACGAGCGGUUUACACAAAAUCCAGUCUGUUUGAUAAACGCGAUCAGGAAGAAAUCCUAUCCUGUCAGAAACUUUCUUCAAUUCGCAUCACCAUGCGCAGGAACCGAGAGGAAUUGUGA